AUGCUACACCCAACAAACAAUAAAAAAAAAUCAAAGCAAGCUUAUGAGUUAAAGACACAUAGGCAUAAUAUUAAUGUUAAUGAUUCUGAAGCAAAAAAUUCCAAUAACUUUUCUUAUGAUGAGGCGGUUGAGAAUAACAAUGCCACAACAAAUACCUUUUAUCGUGAAAGUGAUUCUAAUAAAUCCCAUAGGCCAUGCUAUUUAGGAAACUCUAUCAGUACUAAAAGAAGAAAAAGACAGCAACAGCGUGAAGCAGCAAAAGGAAUGCCUACAUUGUUUACCUUUUGGAAUCAAGACAAGACUGCUGAAGAAGAUAUUGAGGUAGAAUUGUUUGAUGAUGGAUGGCUGGAUGAAGUCAAUGAAGAUGAUACUGAAGGGCUAUUAGAAGAUGAGAUUGAAACCUCUAAUUGGUAUAAAAAAAUCCAAACUGCACUUGAAAACAUAACACUAGAUAUCAAAAAUAAGAAUGUAAAUAGUGAAGUUUGGGUGCGUCUUAAUAGUAUUCGCUUUUAUCCUCAACUUAUAAAACACAAUUAUCAGAAAAUAGAAGCAAGUAAGAUAGUUGCAGAUGUGGCAGGGAAAGGGGUAUACCAUGCUAGGUGUAUUCGUUCUUGGUCACAUGAGUAUGUUAUGACCCAUCAAAUUCCUUAUUUGCACCGAGAACAUCAUAUUAAAACGUGGAGCUUUCUUUGGGAUGAAGAUAUUCUUCUUCAAAUCAAGUCAUUUGCACCACCACCAACUAUUUCUUUUAAUACUGCAAAAAAUUAUCUGAAAGAGCUUGAACGAAUGAAUGAGCUUGAACAUAGAAUAUCUGUAUUUUCAGAUGAGGAUAUGAAAGUAGAAACCUGGCCAGAUAGUAGUGUACAGCUGCUUAUUCUUGUUAUACAUGAUAGGAAAUCUGAAGAUUUAAUUGAACAAGUAUCCAACCAUGCUAUUCCUAUAUUUGAAGCCUAUUUCCCAGGAUGUCAAGCAUUAUUUGCAUUUGACAAUACAAAAAGUCAUACUACUUAUGCAUCUGAUGCACUUGUUGCAAAGAAUAUGAACCUUAGUUCUGCUGGAAAACAAGAAAAAAUGUGCAGCACAUCAUAUUUUCUUAUAAGUGAGAGAGAAUUGUGGCCAGAAAAAGGAUUGAAAUUACAAAAAGCACGAGAAUUAAUGGGUCAACAGCCAGAUUUUCUGGCACAAAAAGGGCAGUUGGAGGAAACCAUUAUUGGGACUAGGCAUCAAAUUGCAAAUUGUAAUUACUCAUGGAAAGGAUUACAAAAAACUAUUUCAUUAGCUCUCAACUCUGUCCUACUCCCAACUAUUCGCCGAUAUGUAAGAAAAGCUUUUCGCUAUAUGGAUGCAUAUCAAAAAGGUUUAAAAGGUAAAGUGGCAGAAUUUGCUGUUAAAAAAUACCGCUCACAUCGUCAAAUUCCUGAAUUUGCUUUAAGUUCAAUUAAAGUUGAUUGA